CCAGAUUUUUCCACAUUCGCGACUUUAACGCGUAUGCACUUCAAAACAGCGUUGGGCAACUAGUUUUUCUCGGAAAAUUAUCGAAAAAAUCAAUAUACCGUACGUUGCUAGGAACUUCUGAAUCGUAGCAACGGUUUGUUUAUAUGUUUAUUAGUUACCGUAGUUCCAGUUUCGCGAACGCGCGUGUUUUCGCUUUCUCGUCGAGAAAAAUGGCAGAAAAGCGGGAAGAAUGCAAGAAAUAUAGCAAAACGUUUACUAUUGGUGAAUUUAAACCGAAUAUUAAAGAUUUUAAUUUGAAAAAAAUAACCGAUGACCUGAUUGAAAGCCUGGACAUACCCCAACACAAGCACAAGCUGGUAGUGGACUUCUUUAUGAAUAAUCUGAAUGAUUUAUACAUACGUGAGGCCCAAACCGUUAUCGAAUUGGAGUAUCCAAAGAUAAAACGGAAGCAACAUGAUGAAGGAUGGGAAGGAUUACGACAUUUUGCAGGAAAUAUUUUCACAACUGGAAUGUCCAAGUAUUUGAAACGAACGAUUAUUGCGAGGCUACAAGUGAAUGGAUUGGAUGAAGUUUAUCAAGAACUUUACAAUGACCUUUGGGAAGAAAUAAACAACGAGUAUCUACAAGGUACACACCUGGCAGGUAUGAACUUGCAAGUUAUACCAACGGAUCCCAAUGAGCAACGGGUCAUUAUAUACCCGUACAAGUACAAAGGCAAGACCGAUCGUUAUGCAUCGUUUUUGUGGGCACGCAACGAAAUGAAACUUCAUUUGACACUUCCGAAACCGUUGAUAAGACACCUUCUUGAUUUUUGUGUGACGAAUUUACCUGAAACCCUAAUGCCUUUAAAGGGUUAUCGUGAUCAUUAUCUGAUAUUUUCGAAAGUUAAUGCCAACUUGGAGUUUGACAUCGAACGAGCGACGUUGUUCGUCAGGGGAUUUUAUGCAAACGUGGUUGAUAUAUGUGGUAAAGAAGCCAUCGUCGAGAAGGAGCAGAUAAUACCCUAUUUAAAGUCAGCAUCGGCCCUGUUAUCAGUGCAACUUAGGCUGUUAUCGGAACGAACCAUGGACUCGUUUGUGAACAAAUUAACUUGGAAAUUUACAACACCACUGUUAACUUUCAAACUUAUGUACGAUAAGCAACCGAUCCUUUAUCCAUCGCUCGAUGAAGUCUUUAAAUUGUACUGCAGUGUAAUCGAUCUAAUACCAACAGCGUCAGAUUCACUUCUUGUUUUGGAGAACGCGUUUCUCAAGGAGAUGGAUAAGACAUUUAUACCUGUAUCUAUCAACAAGGAAGUGAUUGAUUUGUAUAAGAGGAAGCUGUACAGGGGUUUGAAGGCGUUGUUUACACCCCUUCUGGAGUACGUCAACAAUCUUCGCGAGCAAUUUGACGCAAUAUGCUCUCUCGAAGCGGGAUCUGAGACUCAGAGUUUUUCAGAUUCGAUAGCCAGUUUUGACGAGGAGUCGUUUCAAGAUAUUGCCAAAGAAAUUGAAGAUCUCAACAGCUAUGCUGACAAGGCGAACAGCAUGGUCUAUCGCGAGUACUUCCCGAUGGGCUUGCUAAACAAUACCGAGUUUAUAACUGGCGUCGUGUCAGAUAUAACGCACGUUAACAGAAAGAAGAUUGAUUAUUUAAUAGCGCUUCAUAUAAGCGAAAACAGAAAUAUUUGCAGCGAAUUCGAAGCUUUAAAGAUAAAAUCGCUUAAGGUUCCCAAGACGACGGAAGAACUGAUGGAGUUGAACAAGUAUAUGAUUUGGGCUUCGACCGUUCUUUUGACAUCAUUAAAGGACAGAAUUAACGUUUCCCUCAAAUUUAACGUGCGGCUUAUGAAUAUGACAACGCUCACUCUGCAACAUAUUGGAUUAAAUUCGAGAACGUACAACUGGGUUGAGAAUAUUAAACCUAUUUUGGAAGAAAAUUCUGCGAUGUGUGAACGUAUCCGGUUUGAAUUUGAAGAAAGACUACAAAAGACCAUCGAACAGUUGUUCAUUCAACUCGACGAUUACUAUCCACUUUUGAAAAUUGUUGAUGAAAUGGACGAUGCCGAUAAUGCUAGAGACUACCUGGUCCAUUUGGAAUCGCUCAUGGUCUAUAUCAAAUUCUUCUCGAAAGUAGCCAACUGGAUAAACAAAGAGGAACAGUUAUUCCAACUUACUCAGACAACGUUUGUCGAAUUGGAUUACGUAAAAAGCUUUCUUUUUCCAUUUUUCCGUUUGGUCGAACUUUGUGCAGAAUUUGACCGGAGAACCGAAAUUUGGUUUGACGGACCUUUCGAUUAUUUGGACUUUUACGAUUCCGAACAGUUUCUAGAUGAACUUUACAAAGAAAUUCAAAAGUUUCAAAAGUGGUACAAGAACAUGCUUCGUCAACCUCAAGAAAACCCUCCCAUACAAUUUAGCGGCGGGGUUGAUGAACCCGACAUCCUGAAUUUACCUGCACCACUGAAGUUAACACAAAGAGCCUUGCAAAAAAUAAAGGAAUUCUAUCCUGUUAUGAACAUAAUGAGCAUUGUCUGUAAUGAUGCUUUGUUACCACGACAUUGGGACGAAAUGUCCGAAGUUAUGGAAAGAGAUAUCACACCAAACUAUGGCACAACCCUUAGGAAAUAUAUCAAGAUGGGUCUAAUCGAUAAAAUAGACGAUCUGGAGGUUAUUAGCAUCGCUGCUAUCAAGGAGAAGCAACUUUUGGACACUUUAAUCAAAAUGCAAGCAGAAUGGGAAGAUUUAAAAUUCAAAACUAGCGAAUACAAAGAUACUGGCAUCUCGAUUUUAACACAAUUGGACGACAUCCAGGCAGUGUUGGACGACCAUAUUUUGAAGACAUUAACGAUGAAAGGUUCCAUAUUUGUAAAGCCUUACGAAACAAGAGUUAUUGCGUGGUAUGAAAAGAUAACACGGAUAAACGUUACACUAGACGAAUGGGGAAAAGUUCAAGCACAAUGGCUGUAUCUGCUUCCAAUUUUCUCCUCACCUGACAUCCUCAAUCAAAUGCCCGAAGAAGGGGCAUUAUUUAAGGACGUCGAUACAACAUAUAAAAAAUACAUGGGCGUCGUCAAACGCGAUCCCAGAGUUAUCGAAACAGCCGGUUCCAAGGGUCUGUACGAAAAUUUACAACGCUGUACAAAACAGCUCGAGAAGAUCAACGAAGGCGUCGCCAGAUAUCUGGAAAAGAAACGUUUGUUCUUUUCGAGGUUCUUCUUCUUGUCAAACGACGAAAUGUUAGAAAUACUAUCCGAAACCAAAGAUCCACUUCGCGUCCAACCGCACUUACGUAAAUGUUUUGAGGCAAUUAAUAAGCUGCAGUUCGACGAAGAGCUUGUGGUCCACGGGAUGUAUAGCGGCGAAGGUGAAUAUAUUAAAUUUAUGGAAACUAUCGACACAAAAGAAGCCCGAGGUAGCGUGGAGAAAUGGUUGAUUAAAGUAGAAGAACAGAUGAUAAACGCUGUUCGUCACGAAAUUGCAGUCAGCUACGACGACUUUAAAGAUAAUGCUCGAACGACGUGGAUGAGAAGAUGGCCAGGCCAAGUGGUGUUGUGUGUGUCUCAAGUUUACUGGACUGCAAACGUCACACGGUGUUUACAGAUGGAAUCUAGAAGACCUACGCAACUUUUUACGGAAGCACUCAACAUUGAACUUUUGGAAACAGUAAGCUUAAUACGAGAACCGUCUCUCACAAAUUUAGAACGAAUAACAAUAAAGGCCUUAAUUGUAAUCGACGUCCAUGCGAAAGACGUCGUACAGGAACUUGUAGAUAACGAUGUGACGAAGAUAUCUGACUUUAAAUGGCUCGCCCAAUUACGGUAUUACUGGGUAGAAGGCUGUUUUGUCCAGAUGAUCAAUGCGACUGUCGAUUAUGCCUACGAAUAUCUUGGAAACUCUGACAGACUCGUAAUAACUCCACUGACCGACAGAUGUUACAGAACACUGAUCGGUGCUUAUUAUUUACAUUUGAACGGUGCUCCAGAAGGUCCUGCUGGAACGGGCAAAACCGAAACGACCAAGGAUCUAGCCANAUAAUAAAUAGUUUAGCAGUUUCUAAAUAUUUCAUUCCAAUCUUUUAACGCCAGUAACAAAUUGCUAUAUAAACUAAAAGUUCUUUUUUAAUUAGUUUUAAUGAAGCUUUAUUCCUGUCNGGCUUGCUUCGACGAGUUCAAUAGAAUCGAAAUUGAAGUACUUUCUGUAGUCGCUCAGCAAAUAUUAUGCAUCGUACUGGCAGUGAGAGCUGCCGUAACCAAAUUUAAUUUUGAAGGCACAGAACUGACUCUGAAUCCCGCAGUCUACGUUUGCAUAACCAUGAAUCCCGGUUACGCUGGUAGAUCUGAAUUACCAGAUAAUCUGAAGGUGCUAUUUCGAACGGUUGCCAUGAUGGUGCCUGAUUACGCAAUGAUUGGAGAAAUAUCCUUGUACUCUUACGGUUUCGAACAUGCCCGAGUACUCUCUGUAAAGAUUGUCACAGUCUACAGACUUUGCUCUGAGCAGUUGUCAUCCCAAAAUCAUUACGACUACGGAAUGAGAGCUGUCAAAUCGGUCCUUUCAGCCUGUGGAAAUAACAAAAGAAAAUAUCCGAAUGAAAAUGAAGAUAUACUUCUCUUGAGGUCCAUCCUGGACGUGAAUUUGCCGAAAUUUUUAAGCCACGACCUUCCUCUUUUUGAUGGAAUCAUAUCUGAUUUAUUUCCUGGAGUUGUACUACCUCAAGCUGACUACAGGGUAUUCCUCAAAGCAAUGAAAGAAUCUUGCAAGAAACGAAACCUACAGCCUACUGAGUCGUUUCUUACUAAAAUUAUACAAACAUUCGAAAUGAUGAUUGUCAGACAUGGGUUUAUGCUUGUCGGAGAACCUCUUGGGGGAAAAACGUGUACGCUGAAGGUUCUAGCGGAAGGUAUGACGCUUCUUUGUAAAAUGGGCGAGAAAUACGAGAAGACCAAGUAUCAAUUUAUCAAUCCGAAAUCGAUAACAAUGGGACAGUUGUAUGGGCAGUUUGACCCUGUAUCUUACGAGUGGUACGACGGAGUUGUAGCUACGUGUUUCCGAAAUUUUGUCACCGAAGAUACGCCAGACAGGAAAUGGAUCAUUUUCGAUGGCCCAGUAGAUGCCGUUUGGAUAGAAAACAUGAACACAGUACUUGACGAUAACAAAAAGCUCUGCUUGAUGUCCGGAGAAGUCAUGGCUAUGACGAACGCGAUGUCCAUGAUAUUCGAAGUUAUGGACCUCGCUCAGGCUAGUCCAGCAACGGUAUCUCGCUGUGGAAUGAUUUACAUUGAACCCUCGACGCUUGGUUGGCGACCGUUCGCUGAUUCGUGGUUACCAACUCUGAAUCCGGAAUGGGCAAGUGAAGAAAUGUGUGCCAUGAUAUCGGCAAUAUUAAACUGGAUCGUCAACCCCUGUCUGGAGUUUAUACGUAAAUUUUGCAAACAGUUAUGUAAUGGAGGGGAAAUCAAUUUAGUGAGAUGUACAAUGCAAAUUGUCGAAAUGAUUGUUGACGACGCUAUAAAAAGUAGUACAAAGAAAGAAGAGGAUGCAAAGUAUCUAGAUCAAUGGAUACAAGCCACUUUUCUAAUCGCUGGUGUCUGGGGAUUAGGUUCAGUGUUGGAUACAGAUUCGAGACUAAAAUUUGACGAAUUCUACAGAACUUUGUGGAAGGGCAUCAACCCCCAAUACCCGCCACCGGAAAGUUUAUCAAAAAUAGAAGUAACCUUCCCCGGAGAAGGCAUUCUCUUUGAUUACAUGUUCGUUUACAGAGGAAAAGGUACAUGGAAAUAUUAUCCUGAAAUUGCAAAGUCGAUGAAAGUAGAAGAAGAGGCGAACGUCCAGCGUGCGCUCAUCCCCACCGUUGACACUCUUAAAUACAUGAAUAUGAUCGAAAUGCACAUCAAAAAUAACUAUCGUGUCCUCCUCAUCGGGCCGACGGGUACUGGAAAAAGUAUAUACAUGCAAGAUUUGCUAAUGAACAGGCUGGACAUAGAAAAAUACGAACCGGCGUUUAUUUCGUUCACUACAAAAAUUAGUGCCAAUCAAACUCAAGACCUAAUCAUUUCGAAAUUGUACAAACGCAAAAGGGGAACCUACGGGCCGCCCAAAGGGAAGACUGCUGUACUUUUAAUUGACGACAUGAACAUGCCCGUUAAAGAAAUUUAUGGAGCACAGCCUCCAAUCGAACUUCUCAGGCAGUUCUUCGACCAUCAAAAUUGGUACGACUUGAAAGAUACAAGUGCUUUAUAUUUGGUUGAUAUUCAGUUCGUUGCUGCGAUGGGACCUCCCGGAGGUAGCAGACAAGACGUGUAUCAGCGAUUUUUGAGACACUUCACGAUAUUCUCUAUUAACGAAUUUAGCGAGGAAACCAUGAUAAAGAUCUAUUCGAACAUUCUGUUGUUGGCACUGAAGAAGAACGGAUUUCCAAGCGACGUUGUUUUGGCCGUAAAUCAAGUUGUAAAUGCAACGAUCGACUUCUAUAAGGCAGCAUUUCUGAAUUUGAGACCAACACCGGCAAAAAGUCAUUACGUCUUCAAUCUGAGAGACUUUUCUCGAGUUAUCUUUGGUGUCGGCAUGUUAAGAAAAGAGUCAGCCGACGACAGACGGAUUUUCAGUCGAAUAUGGAUUCACGAAAUCCUCAGAGUAUACUACGAUAGACUGAUAGACAAAAGAGACAAAGAAUGGGUUUAUGAAAAGGUUAGAUCUUCGUCGACUACAUUCUUCAAAGAAAAUUUCGACACACUCUUCGAUUACUUCGAAAAGAAUUCCGAGGGGAAGAUAACGGAAGAGACUCUCAACGGGUUUUUAUUCGGAACUUAUUUGGACAAAGAUGCUUCCGAGGAUGAUGCUAGAUACGAAGAAGUGAUGAAUUUUUCGGUUUAUGAAGACGUUUGUAACACGUGCUUACUCGAAUACAACGCUGUGCAUAAAACCAAAAUGGACAUUGUCCUGUUCCGAUAUGCACUGGAGCACUUAUCUAGGAUAUGCCGCGUGGUAUCUAUGCCAACUGGAAGUGCCCUUCUUGUCGGAGUUAGCGGUUCUGGUCGACAGUCCCUAACUAAAUUGACGGCUGAGAUAUACGGAUACUUUUUCGUGCAACCAGAAAUAACCAAAAAUUACGGGAUGAACGAUUGGAGAGACGACAUUAAAAGAAUUUUAAAAGAAUCUGGCGGGAAAAAUAGACCCACCGUAUUCUUAUUUACCGAAGCGCAAAUAAAAGAAGAAGGAUUUCUUCAAGAUAUAGAUUGCUUGUUAAACUCCGGAGAGGUGCCCAAUAUUUGGGCAAUUGACGAAAGGCAAGAAAUUGUGGAAAUGGUCAGGCUAGCUGCCCAAGGCGGCAACAAAAAACUGGACAUCAGUGCUCUAAAGAUCUUUUCAUUCUUCACCAAAAGAUGCCGCGAAAAACUGCACAUCAUAUUGUGCUUCAGUCCUAUAGGCUCGUCUUUCCGAACCAGGCUUAGAUUAUACCCCUCGUUAAUCAACUGCUGCACAAUCGAUUGGUUCGAAGAUUGGCCGGAAAAUGCCCUCGAGAUGGUCGGCAAAAGCUGGUUGGAAGACGUAAACGUUCCCGCCGAAGUGAAAGUAUCGGCCAUCACAGCAUGCAAAUCGUUUCACAUAAAAGCCAGACAGAUUAGUGCGAAAUUUUUCGUCGACACUUCCCGAAAAAGUUACAUUACGUCUGCUUCGUAUUUAGAACUUAUAAAAACCUAUACGUUCUUGUCGAACGUCAGACAAAAGGAUCUAAUGAAGGCCAAAAUGAGAUAUCUGGGUGGAUUAAACAAAUUAGACUUUGCCGCCGAACAAAUUGCAGCAAUGCAACAAAAUUUAGAAGAAUUUCGGCCCCAAUUGGAAAGUAUGAAUAAAAAGGCUAUCGAAAUGACGAAGCAAAUAGAGAAGGAAGCGAAAGAUGUAGAAGCAGCGUCCGCUGUGGUCAAACAAGACGAAGCGGUAGCGAACAAGCAAGCCGCAGCUGCUCAAGCUCUCAAGAAGGAGUGCGAGGCUGAUCUGGCUCUAGCGUUACCAGUCUUGGAAGAUGCUCUAGCAGCUUUAGACACUCUGAAGCCCGCCGACAUUACACUCGUUAAAUCUAUGAAGAAUCCCCCGGAACCAGUAAAACUCGUCCUGGCCGCUGUGUGCGUUAUUAAAGACAUAAAACCGGACAGAGUUCCUGACCCAUCAACCGGAAGAAUGAUGCUGGACUAUUGGCGUCCAAGCGUAAGGAUGUUGGGCGACAUGAACUUCCUCCAAGCUCUAAAAGAUUUCGAUAAGGACCAUAUCAAACCCGAAAUAAUGACGAAAAUCAGAAAAGAAUAUUUACCUCUCAAGGACUUCAAACCGAACGUCGUCGCUAAAGCUUCGAGUGCAGCAGAAGGCUUAUGCAAGUGGAUUAUUGCCAUGGAUUUGUACGAUAAAGUCAUAAAAGAAGUAGCUCCUAAAAGGGCGAAAUUGGAAGCGGCAGAAGCCGAAUUUGCGGCAACCAUGGCCAUCCUAAGAGAAAAAAAGGAAAUGGUUAGAAAAUUAGAAGCCAGACUGGCUGAUCUGCAAGAAAAACUAGUUGAAGCUCAAGAGAAGCAAGCUGCGCUACAAGCAAACGUUAAUCUCUGUUCCGACAAAUUAUAUCGUGCCAAAAAGCUGAUCGGCGGUUUGGGUGGCGAAAAAUCGAGGUGGACGUUGGCGGCUAGUAAUCUUCAAAUACAAUACGAUUGUGUAGCCGGAGAUAUAUUGAUAUCGUCCGGCGUCAUUGCUUAUUUGGCAUUUUUCACUUCUUCUUAUCGACAAGAUGCUGUCAGUGAAUGGGUAGCAUUAGUGAACGAACUGAAAAUACCGUGUUCGCCAAAAUACGAAUUCGAAGCUAUACUUGGAUCCGAAAUAAAGACCCAAGAUUGGUACAUAGCUGGCUUGCCGCGUGACUCGUUUUCGACAGAAAAUGCCAUCAUUCAGGAUUCAUCGAAGAGAUGGUCAUUAUUAAUUGAUCCGCAAACUCAAGCGAAUCUGUGGAUUAAAAAGUUAGAGAAAUUAAACGAUUUGAGAGUGACAAAGCUAACAGAUCCCGGUUGUAUGAAGAUAAUUGAAGAAUGCGUUCAAGAAGGCUAUCCGUGCUUGAUUGAAAAUGUCGGAGAAGACCUUGAAGCUUCUCUUGAUCCAAUUUUAUACAAACAAACGUAUAAACAGGCCGGACUGGAAGUCAUAGCGUUGGGCGAAAACGUUAUACCGUACAAUAAAAAAUUUAGACUUUACCUAACAUCGAAAUUAAGAAGUCCCCACUACCUUCCAGAAGUAUUCAACAGAGUGACGAUUAUAAAUUUUGCUCUCACCCUAGACGGGUUGCAAGAUCAACUGUUGGGAAUCGUGGUAGCCAAAGAGAGGCCCGAUUUACAAAAUCAGAGAGAGGCUCUUAUCGUUCAAAGUGCUAGCCACAAGGCCACGUUAAAGGAAGUUGAAGAUUUAAUCCUGAAAACUCUCUCAGAAAGUCAAGGUGAUAUUUUAGAAGACGAAACUGCCGUGCAAGUGUUGGAUCAUUCGAAACAACUGUCAAUCGAGAUAAUCGAGAAACAAGCGAAAGCGGAAAAGACAAAGGCUGAAAUUGAUGGAUUUCGACUUGUUUACAAACCGGUUGCCGACUAUUCCGGUCAUCUUUAUUACUGCAUUUGUGACUUACCAAAUGUUGAUCCGAUGUAUCAAUACUCUCUCGCUUGGUUCAUAUCGAUUUAUGUCAGGUCGAUUUCUUCUCAGGGUCUAUCUCAAAAAAUCGAGAGAAGAUUGGAAGAGUUGAAAGCGGCAUUUUUAUAUAAUCUGUACAACAACGUCUGUCGGUCAUUGUUUGAAAAGGACAAGCUCAUGUUUUCUUUCUUACUUUGCGUUACAAUAAUGAUUUCCGAAGGCGAUCUCGACGAAAAAGACUAUUCGUUCUUUUUGACGGGCGGCAUCAACGUCGAUAACCCUUUAAAGAACCCUCAAUCUGACUGGCUCAGUAACAAAUCGUGGGACGAAAUUUGCCGAGUAAGCGAGCUCCAUGCUUUCCAUGGUUUCAGGCAGUCUUUCGUCGAACGUGCACACCAAUGGAAAGAAUUUUAUGAUUUGGUAGAACCGCAUAAAGCAUUACUUCCGGCUCCGUGGGAGAUGAAAUUGACAGAAUUUCAAAAAUUAAUAGUCAUACGAUUAUUCAGAGCGGACAAAAUAACGGCAGCGAUUUACAAAUUUAUCGAAGAGCAACUCGGGGAACAAUUCGUUAAACCCCCGCCUUUUAAUAUUGCAAAAUCGUACGGCGAUGCCAGCAAUGUAACACCGCUGGUGUUUAUUUUAUCGGCUGGUAUUGACCCAAUGGCAAGUCUUGUUAAAUUUGCAGAACAAAAAGGUUUCGGUGAUAGAUUCCGAUCGAUUUCCUUAGGACAAGGACAGGGGCCGAUUGCCUCUGAGAUGAUAGACACAGCUAAAGAGGAAGGAGCAUGGGUUUGUUUGCAGAAUUGUCACCUUGCCGUAUCUUGGAUGCCGGCACUUGAAAAGAUAUGGGAAGAGUUUGACGGACUGAAAAUGCAUAAUGCCUUUCGUCUGUGGCUUACCAGCUAUCCAUCGGACAAGUUUCCACCUUCUAUUCUUCAAAACGGAGUAAAAAUGACAAACGAACCUCCCCAGGGCUUGAAACAGAACUUGUACAGAUCAUAUAUUAACGACCCGGUUAAAGAUCCACAAUUUUUCGAAGGCUGCUACCUCAGAUCGUACGCGUUUGUUAAACUUCUCUAUGGUGUUGCGUUUUUCCAUGCUGUAGUACAAGAAAGGAGAUUAUUCGGACCUUUGGGAUGGAAUAUUCCAUACGGUUUUAACGAAUCGGACUUCGACAUUUCGGUACGUCAACUACAAAUAUUUAUUAACGAAUACGCCGACAAUCCGUAUGAAGGAAUCGGUUACCUGAUUGGAGAAUGUAAUUAUGGCGGACGAGUUACAGACGACUGGGAUCGUAGAUUGAUUACAACAAUUCUUGCUGAUUUUAUCAACCCGGAUGUCGUUAAAAAGAAGAACUACCAGUUCUCAAACGUCGGCAGUUGUUAUGGAUUACCCUCGGAAUUGUCUUACAAUGAUUUCGUCGAGCAUAUUGAAAAAUUACCGAAUGCACAUCCACCCGAAGUGGUCGGACUACAUUCAAAUGCGGGAAUUACGAGAGAUUUGAGUGUAUCUUUCGAUCUGUUAAAUUCGAUCAUAACCGUAAUUGGAGGCGGUGGAGCGGCCGGGGGAGACACAGAUGCCCUGGUGAUCAUGCUGACUGAAGAUAUAAUAUCAAAACUACCCCCCGAUUUCAAUAUCGAAGAGGCCAAAAAGAAAUUCCCGGUUGUAUACAGUGAAUCGAUGAAUACAGUGCUGGUACAAGAGAUGGAACGUUUCCAGAAAUUAUUAAGAAUUAUUCGUACAAGUCUUCAAACGCUAAAUAAAGGAGUACAGGGGUUAGUGGUGAUGACCCCUGAACUAGAUACAUUGGCGUCGUCUUUGAUUCUUGGCAAAAUACCUGCAAUGUGGGCUAAGGCUUCGUAUCCCAGCUUAAAAUCACUUCCAGAUUAUGUCGCGGACUUGAUACACAGGCUGAAUUUUCUCAAUUACUGGUUCCUAGAAGGAAAACCUACCAGCUUCUGGGUGUCCGGUUUCUUUUUCACUCAAGCCUUUCUGACAGGUGCAAAGCAAAAUUUUGCCAGAAAAUUCACGAUUCCCAUUGAUCAACUAACUUUCGACUUUGAGGUACUUAAAGUGCGACAAAUUAACUACAGUCCUCCCGAUGGCGUUUUCGUUUAUGGCCUGUUCACCGACGGCGCAAGGUGGGACUUGGAAAGAUGUAUGUUGGCGGAACUGUAUCCGAAAAUCUUGAACGACGUUAUGCCCAUAAUUUGGUUGAAACCGAUCACGGUUGACAAAUACAACGAAAAGGGACGCUAUAAGUCACCACUUUACAAGACAUCCGAAAGGAGAGGAGUCCUCUCAACAACAGGCCAUUCCACAAAUUACGUCUUACCAUUUUUAUUGGGAACAGAACUUCCUUCGUCCCAUUGGAUUAAAAGGAGCGUGGCAUUACUCUGUCAGCUCGAUUAAAACUUCUACUGUGAUACGUUUAUACACUUUAUAUUCUUCAAAAUUUUA